AUGGUCUCUUUCACCUUAUUCAAGUCUGCUUCCAUCUUGGCUUUUGCUGCUGCCAUGGUUUCUGCUGCUCCUACUUCAUCCAAGGACAAGUGUAAUGGAUUUCAUGUUACUGCACCCAAUACCUAUUUCAAGACAACUGCAGGCCAAUGUUAUCAAGUUUCGUAUGACUUUGGCGGCAACCCACCUUCAGAUCGCUCCUGGGUCUCUGUUGAUCUGUACGAAUACAAGACCGACAAAUUCAUUGGCAACCUGAUCAAUAAGGUAAAGGCUGACGGCAUCUCCACGCCUUGGUUCAAUGUUGAUCUGGGUAAAUAUCACAAGUCGGGUGAUUACUAUUACCUUGUUACCUACGGUGAUAGUUGCAAGCCAAUCAAAACACCCUACUUUUACGUCGAGUACAACAAGAACUCUCCACCAUCUAAAUGCAAUUAA